AUGAUUGGUCGACUUGUUUAUGCUUAUCCAGCUGAAGGAGAGAGAUGCUACCUACGCAUGCUUUUAUGUCAUAUCACUGGGCCUACCUGCUUUGAAGAUUUAUACACAGCCAAUGGUGUAUUACACCCUACAUUUCGAAAAGCAGUUCUCGAAAGAUGUUUAAUAGAGACUGAUGAUAAUUUAUCACAAUGUCUUGUAGAUACUUCCUUAUUUCAAUUUCCCAGUGCACUUAGAAGGUUAGUUGCGACGAUGCUGAUUUUUUGUGAACCAAGAAAUGUUCGCAAGUUAUCGGAUGACCAUUAUGAUUCUCUUUUUGAAGAUUAUAAGAAACAAUAUGGAUGUGCCAAACGAGUGAAAAAUAUGGUCCUCAUCGACAUUAGAGUCUUCCUAGAAUCUUUGAGUAAAAAGGUUAGUGAUUACGACCGUCCAAAUGUCAGUGCACACAUCAAUUUACAAUCAAGAGGCUAUCGUGAGGUGCAAGAAGAAUACUCUAUAAAUGUGGAAUAUGAAGACUUACAUGCACGAGACUCUCUCAAUCCAAACCAUAAGUUUGCAUAUGAUGAGAUAAUGAGGCAUGUGGAUAAAAAUAUUCCGGGUGUGUUCUUCAUAGAUGGUCCUAGUGGAAUUGAAAAGACAUUUUUGUACAAAGCUUUGUUGGCCAAUAUUUGUGCCCGUGGUCUUAUUGCACUUGCAACUGCCACGUCAGGUGUUGCGGCUAACCACAUGCCAGGAGGGAGAACAGCUCAUUCACGAUUUGGAAUUCCCCUCAAUCUUGAUAAUAACUUGAUGUGCAAGAUCACUAAACAAAGUGGGAAGGUUCAGAUACUUCACGAGGCAAAGGUAAUCAUAUGGGAUGAAGCAGCAAUGGCUAAGAGGAAGGCAAUAGAACCAGUUGAUCGGACAAUGCAAGACAUCACAGAUGAGAAGCUCCCUUUUGGUGGAAUGAUAAUGGUUAUGGGAGGUGACUUUAGACAAGUGUUGUCAGUCGUGAGACGAGGCACUCGAGCACAAAUUGUCGACUCUAGGUUACGAAUGUUACCUCUAUGGGCUUCCGUUAAAAGGAUUCGAUUAAAUAUCAACAUGAGAGCGGUAAAUGACCCAUGGUUUUCUAAUUUUUUAUUACGAGUCGGUGAUGGAAAGGAGGAAACAUUGGAUGAUUCUUAUAUUCGUAUACCUGAUAACAUGUCCAUUCGAUACACUGAUAAAACUAAAUCAGUGGACGCUCUGAUUGAUGCAAUAUUUCCUUCUUUGCAAUCCCAUGGUGCCGAUUCAAAAUUUAUCAUUUCGAGGGCGGUAUUGUCAACUAAAAAUGAAAGUGUUGAUGAGAUUAAUAAUUGA